GGGAACGAGAGGAGAAGAAGCUAUCUGGUCUGGCCUAGUCUGAGUCUCCCUGGAACAAGCUUUCCUUCUAGGAGUUUGGAGUUUGACAGAGAUUAAGGUGUUCCUGCAAUUUCAAGCUCAAACCCCCCUUCCUUGGCAAGAAGGAAUCAACAACGUCGGAAACGCCCGCUCCAUCUCCACUUUUCAUCAGCAUGAAGAUGUUUUCUUGCUUCAGGAACUGUCUUUCUUUCAGCAAGAAGAAGGAUUCCGACCGGAUCCAGCCGAUAGUCAUUGCCGGCCGUGGCUUCUCUUAUCAUGAGCAGGAAAGAAGGGGCAGCAGGUAUAAGUGCGAUGGGUGCCAGCAGCCCGUGUUCGGGCCCUAUUACAAGCACAUCAGCGACUGCUGCAAUCUCCAUUAUCACAAGCGCUGCGGCGACAUUCUAAGGCUUGACCCACCUCCCAUCAGCAACCACCAUCCCUACCCGGUCGGGCGUUAUAUUCACGAGGAGAGGGCACCGAGCAAAGUGCGGUACUGCAUCGCGUGCGGCGACCAAGUCCGGGGGCUCAGGUACAAAGUCUGGCACGAGAAGGCACACGGAUCGUCCAAUCCUUACUGGCGCCUCUACCAGCACCUAAACUACCGUGCCUUCCAUCCGCUCUGCGCGACGCUCCCUCAGCAGAUCCAAGCUCCCGGUGAACCAGUCGUGCUGAAGCUCGAGGAAAGGAUCCAAGGACAGUGCCCCAUAUGCAAGGGCAAGGCUAAGGGCUGGGCUUACAACAGUACCUGCGGGAACUGCUCUUACCAUGUCGGAUGUGUGAAGAACAAGAUCAUCCGGAGUUGGCAGCCGGACGAAGAAGCUUCAGAAAAUGGAGGAAACAAGAGUCGAAUUAUUAUCCAUGUGGAAAUACAGAUCCCACCGAUUCAGGAACUAGCAGCAGCGGCUAUUCGGCUCAUCAUCAAAGCCCUCUUCGGGUUCCCGAACAUCGCAGACAUCUUCAUAGUGCUUUGUCAAUUGAUCUCCGAUUAGCAUACAUUACUUUUCUCCAUGUGAUGCUAAAUCUCAACCCUCAAAUGGUACUUUUCAUGAGACAUGGUUGAAGUUCAUCGAGAUAUCGAGAAGAGCAACCUGUAAAAUAAACGUAGAUAAAUCAAAUAUACAGCAGAAUGUAUACA